AGGCCGGCAAACGCCACAUCAGUUUUUCGCCUUAAAUUAAAUUAGUAUAAAAUAGUCAACGUUAAGCAUUAAAAACAAGUGCACAAGCAUUCGCGUAGUUGUGCAGAAAAGGCCAAAAAUAAUAUUUGUAUGAUUUGCGACAUGUGCGCGUAACAAUCACAGAUAAACACACAUACAGACACGUACAUUUUGUAUACCAAGAUGCUGUGGCAAAGUACCUUGUGUGUUUUGCUGGCAAUUGCAGUAGCGCCAACAAGAGCUGAAUCCAGUCAAAGCUAUCCCAUAACUACGCUAAUCAAUGCCAAAUGGAUGCAGACACCGCUGUAUUUAGAGAUAGCGGAGUAUCUGGCAGACGAGCAAGCGGGUUUGUUUUGGGACUAUGUCAAAGCGGCAACAGAAUUGGACACGCCUCUCAAUGAAUAUGAUACUGAGUCAAAGCAAUACAAUGCUGCACUAAAAUUGGUGCGUGCGCAUCUGAGCGAACCACAGCUGCCACUACUGAAGCUCGUGGUGUCCAUGCAUAGUCUAACGCCGCGCAUACAGACGCAUUUUCAGUUGGGUGAUGAACUGCGUGCCGCAGGUUCUUGCAAGAGCGACAUUUAUGCUCAAGUGGGAACUGAGUUGGCUUGCAGCUAUACUGAACUGUCGAAGAAGCUAAAGCUGCCCAACGCAGCUGACAGUUUAGAUGCGAGUGUGGAUAGCUAUAGCUUCGAUCACAUCUAUCCAGGCAGCGACAACAAUACGCGUACUGUGGUGCUCUAUGCUGAUUUGGGCAGCGCUGGCUUCCGUACGUAUCACAAGCUGCUGGAACACGCAGCCAAUGCGGGUAAAGUGCGCUACUUGCUGCGCCAUCAGCUGGCUAAGCGUAGCGAGAAACCAGUACGCUUGUCCGGCUACGGCGUGGAGUUGCAUCUAAAGUCUACAGAGUACAAGAGUCAAGAUGAUGCGCCCAAGCCCGAGGCAGGCGCUGGCAGCAACACUGACAACGAAGAACAAGCUAACGAAACUGAUGUACAGGGCUUAGACUUCAAAGUGCUCAAGGCUAAGCAUCCAAUGCUCAAGCGUGCAUUGGACCAGCUGCGUCAGCGUCUGCUGCAAGGCAACGACGACAUUGCGCCCCUCAAGGCCUGGGAGUUUCAAGAUCUGGGUCUGCAGGCUGCUGCCGCCAUAGCAGAAAUCCAAGGCGAUGAAGCGCUGCAGCUGCUGCAGUAUACAGCUCAUAAUUUCCCUAUGCUGGCGCGCACGCUGUUGGCACACAAAGUAACGGAAGAUCUGCGUGCUGAGAUCAAGCACAAUUCGGAGGCGCUUGGACGCAGCCUGAACGUGGCGCCACCAGAUGGCGCUUUGUUUGUGAACGGCUUGUUCUUCGAUGCGGACACCAUGGAUUUGUACAGCUUGGUGGAGACGCUGCGUGCCGAGACACGCGUGCUGGAGAGUCUGCAUGCCAACGAUGUGCGCGGCAGCUUGGCCAGCGCCCUGCUGGCAUUGGACUUGAACAGCGCCAGCAAGCGAGAGUUCGCCAUUGAUAUACGCGAUACGGCCGUGCAGUGGAUCAACGAUAUAGAGCAGGAUGCGCAGUACAGACGCUGGCCAGCAUCUGUGAUGGAUCUGCUGCGUCCAACGUUUCCAGGCAUGCUGCGCAACAUACGUAAGAACGUGUUCAACUUGGUGCUAGUGGUCGAUCCCUUGCAACCUGAGGCACGUAGUGUCAUCAAGCUAGCCGAAUCGUUUGUCAUACACCAGGCACCCAUACGCCUGGGUUUGGUCUUUGAUGCACGCGCCCAAGAGGCCAACACUGCAGACGAUUACGUGGCUCUGGCCUGCGCCUUUAACUACAUCAGCCAGAAGAAGGACGCACGUGCAGCACUCAGUUUCCUCACAGAUGUUUACGCUGCUGUGGGCGAGACCAGCGCUGUUACCAAGGCGCACAUUGUCAAGCAGCUGGGCAAGGAGUUUAGCUCGCUGAGCAGCAGCAAGAUACGCGAGAUGCUUGCUGAAGACUCGGACUACGAUUAUGGCCGCAAGCUGGCUGAAGAGUUUGUGCAGCGCUUGGGCUUUGCCGCCGUACGCCAGCCACAGGCGCUGCUCAAUGGUGCACCCAUGCCGAGCAACAUUGUGGGCAGCGACAGCGACUUUGAGGAGGCCAUCUUUACAGAGAUUAUGAGCCAGACGACGGCGCUGCAGAAGGCUGUUUACCGCGGCGAACUUAGCGACGCCGAGAAUAUGAUGGACUAUCUAAUGAAUCAACCACAUGUUAUGCCGCGUCUGAAUCAGCGCAUACUCAGCCAGGAGGAUGCCAAGUUUCUGGACAUUAACGGCGUUCCCUCCAUGCAGCUGGGCAAUGCUGCUGCAUUGAACAAACUGUCCAAUCGCGACAUGACCGCCACGCUUAUGAACAAUCUCCGGUACUUUGGCGGCAAACAGAGCACAGAACGCAUUGGAAAAGCCGAACUGCAGUUCCUGACCAUCUGGGUGUUUGCCGAUCUGGAGACGACUGAGGGUCGUGCACUGCUAUUACAUGCACUGGACUAUGUCAAGGGUGGCCAAAGCGUGCGUGUUGCCUUCAUACCCAAUACUGAGGGCGCCAGCGACAAGCGCAGUCUGAAUCGCCUUGUCUGGGCUGCUAUGCAAACCCUGGAGCCUGCGCAGGCAACGGAUCAAGUGCUGAAGUGGCUGCGUUUGCAGCCAAGCAAGCGCAUUGAUGACAUACCCAAGCAGCUGGAGGAUAUACUGGGCAGCACCGAGUUGCAUAUGAAGAUGAUGCGCGUCUAUGCGCAACGUGUGCUCGGCUUGGCCAAAUCCCAGCGUCUCAUCAUUGGCAAUGGCCGCCUCUAUGGACCACUGCGCUCGGAUGAGAGCUUCGACAGCGCUGACUUUGCGCUGCUGGCGCGCUACAGCGAUUUGCAAUAUGGUGACAAAGUGCGCGAAGUGCUUAAGCAAUCAGCCAGCGAGGUGGGCGAUAGCUUCACUAGCGAUACGCUGCUUAAGCUUUACGCCAGCCUGCUGCCGCGCCAAACCAAGACGCGCUUCAAGCUGCCCACUGAUCUGAAGACAGCGCAUUCUGUGGUCACGCUGCCCGCCAAGCAGCAGCAGCUGCCACACUUUGACAUUGUUGCCGUGCUGGAUCCCGCCUCCAGAGCAGCCCAGAAACUAACGCCGUUGCUCAUUCUGCUGCGCCAGACGCUCAACUGUCAGCUGCAGCUUUACCUUACACCCGUGCCCCAGCACAGCGACAUGCCUGUCAAGAACUUCUAUCGCUAUGUCAUCGAGCCCGAGGUGCAGUUCGAAGCGAGCGGCGUGCGUGCUGAGGGACCGCUGGCCAAGUUCAGCGGCUUGCCCGCCAAUCCGUUGCUGACGCAGCAGCUGCAAGUGCCCGAGAACUGGCUGGUGGAGGCAGUGCAUGCUGUCUACGAUCUGGACAACAUUAAGCUGCAUGACAUUGGCGGACCCGUGCACAGCGAGUUCGAUCUGGAGUAUUUGCUGCUGGAGGGACACUGCUUUGAUGCAGCUAGUGGUGCGCCGCCACGUGGUCUGCAGCUGGUGCUGGGCACCAAGAGCCAGCCUACGCUGGUGGAUACCAUUGUCAUGGCCAAUCUGGGCUACUUCCAGUUGAAGGCGAAUCCAGGCGCCUGGUCGCUGCGACUGCGCGAGGGCAAAUCCAACGAUAUCUAUGCCAUCAGCCAUGCCGAGGGGCCCAACACGCAGCAUCAGCCGCAAACGGAUGCAGUGCAGGUGCUCAUCACUUCGUUGCGCUCGCAUGUGACCAAGCUGCGCGUUUCCAAGCGCCCGGGCAUGCAACAAGCCGAGCUGCUCUCGGAUGACGCCACACCCGCGCAAGCGGGCAUUUGGAACAGCAUUACCAGCAGCUUCGGUGGCAGCAGUGGCGGCACUGCUGCUGAUGAGGAUGCGGAAACCAUCAAUAUCUUCUCGGUGGCAUCGGGACAUCUGUACGAGCGACUGCUGCGCAUUAUGAUGGUCUCGCUGCUGAAGCACACCAAGUCGCCGGUGAAGUUCUGGUUCCUCAAGAACUACCUGUCGCCACAGUUUACGGACUUUUUGCCGCACAUGGCCAAGGAGUAUAACUUCCAGUACGAGCUGGUGCAGUACAAGUGGCCGAGAUGGUUGCAUCAGCAGACCGAGAAGCAGCGCACGAUUUGGGGCUACAAGAUUCUCUUCUUGGAUGUGCUCUUCCCGCUCAACGUGCGCAAGAUUAUCUUCGUGGAUGCGGACGCCAUUGUGCGCACUGAUAUCAAGGAGCUCUACGAUCUGGAUCUGGGUGGCGCGCCUUAUGCCUACACGCCCUUCUGCGACUCGCGCAAGGAGAUGGAAGGUUUUAGAUUCUGGAAGCAAGGCUAUUGGCGCAGUCAUCUAAUGGGCAGGCGCUAUCACAUCUCAGCGCUGUAUGUGGUGGAUUUGAGGCGCUUCCGCAAAAUAGCAGCGGGAGAUCGACUGCGAGGUCAGUACCAGGCGCUGAGUCAGGAUCCCAACAGCUUGUCCAAUCUGGAUCAGGACUUGCCAAACAAUAUGAUACACCAGGUGGCCAUCAAGUCGCUGCCUGACGACUGGCUGUGGUGCCAGACUUGGUGCAGCGACACAUCCUUCAAGAGCGCCAAGGUCAUUGACUUGUGCAACAAUCCGCAGACCAAGGAGGCCAAGCUAACGGCUGCUCAGCGCAUUGUGCCCGAGUGGAAGGAUUACGAUGGCGAGCUGAAGGCGCUAAUGUCGCGCAUUGAGGAUCACGAGAAUCACAGCAGCAGCAGCAGUAGCACCCAGAAGGCUGAUGAUGAAGAUGCUGAGGAGACUGUGGUGUUUACAGAGCCGCCGCUGCCGGAGCAUGUGCAUGGCGAGCUGUGAUUUGAUGUGCACUGAUUUUAGGUAAUUUAAGCCAAAAGUCCUUUAACGUAUUUGAGCUAAAGAGCAGUAGCAGCAGGAGCAGCAGCAGCAGGAGCAGCAGCAGCAGUUAGAAAUUUUAAUUAGCAAUUAACUAAGCUCGAUUUUAAGUUUGCAUUCCAUGAGCCAUGAGCCUCUCCUAGCCAGGACUUGAAGUCUGCUGAAAUUAAUGAUGAAAAUAAAUGCAAA